AUUCGUAUCCCCCCUUCGCACCCUCUCCAUUCACGUUCUACUUCGGCAGGCAACUCCGACACUGCAACUCCAGGCCCUUCCGAAGCUUUCACUAUAGACUUUCGGGAGACCGCCCCUCGCUUUCUAGUAAAACCAUGUAUCCACCUGGUACGGAUAAGUCCCGUUUUGGUGGAUUAGCAGUUGGUGUUCCGGGAGAAUUGAGGGGGUUAUGGGACAUACACUCGAGGUGGGGGAAACUGAAGUGGAGGAGGCUAGUGGAGCCCAGUAUAACGAUGGCUAGGAGUUGGAAAGUACGGACGGAGCUAAGUCGAAGAUUGAAGCGUUUUGGAGCCUUCAUACUUGAUGACCCCGAUUGGGCUACGACGUUUGCACCCAACGGGAAGUUCUUGGAGGAAGGGGACGUCUUACGCAGGCCAGCGUUCGCUAAAACGCUAGAGUCAAUCGCUGACGGUGUUGAGCCUUUCUAUACGGGCGCUAUCGGUGAUUCCAUAUUGCGCAAGAUUGCCUCCAAAGGCGGGAUUAUGACAGCUGAAGAUCUCGCUUCAUACAAACCUAUCAUCAUGCCUGCGCUUGAAGGAUCCUACAGGGGGCGAAAAAUAUACACGACUCGCGCUCCUUCAAGUGGUCCUGCUUUGUUGCAUAUCUUGAACAUUCUGGAAACAUUCGAUCUAGUCGGAGAGGGACGGACGGGGAAGAAUGUUCAUCGGUUGACAGAGGCUCUGAAAUUUGGUUUCGCCGGAAGAACAAGGAUUGCCGAUCCGCAGUUUAUGGUGGACACACGUGAAAUCGCAAAGUUGGCUACCAAAGAAUUUGGACGCGUCAUUGCGGCGAACUUGACGGAUGACAUUACGCAUGACCCUGAUUAUUAUCAUCCCAAGUACGAUGUCAAAGAAGACCAUGGCACUACACACACGUCCGUCGUUGACUCAGAUGGCUUGGUUGUGGGCAUCACAUCUUCGAUUAACCUCGUCUUCGGCUCUCGAGUUCUAGACCCACAUACUGGCAUCAUACUCAACGAUGAGAUGGAUGACUUUUCUGUACCUGGUACCCCUAAUGCCUUUGGGCUGUGGCCUUCUCCUUAUAAUUAUCCUGAACCAGGAAAACGUCCUCUUUCGUCCAUCGCCCCAAUUAUCAUGGAGAAGCCAAAUGGUUAUUUCCAUCUCGUGGCAGGUGGUUCGGGGGGCAGUCGAAUAUUUGGGUCUAUCGUUCAGACGAUUCUUAAUGUGGAUUGGGGGAUGGACGUCAGUGCUGCUGUCGAGCAGGCACGUGUACAUGAUCAGCUGUUCCCAAGGAAUGUCAGCGUGGAGACGACGAUAAAUGAUGAAGAGGUGUUGGCAUUGGAGGCAGCGGGUCACCGUAUUGAUUUUAUCGAUAUUCGUACUGGAGUGGCGGAGGUCCAGGCCAUUCAUGCUGCUGAAGAGGGCUUGUUGCAUGGUGAGGUUCCUUUUUCUUGACCCCAGGAAUUUCUAGCCUGGUCAGCUCAUUCCCUUUUCCAGCCGCUAGCGAUUCCCGAAAGAACGGUGUCGCUGCAGGCUAUUGAAGAUUUAU